UGCAGCAGUGCCCGCGGAUCCCUCUUCCUCCUCCUUCGUGUAUUUUAACUCUACUGAGAGACACAGGACUCACUUCACCGAUUUCAUCUGAAGAUUUUGUCCACAAGCUUUAAAAGAUUUGAGAAAAGAAGAUAGUUUUGUCUUCAUUUUGCUUUUUUUUGAACGGAAUUGACAAACGGACAGUAAAAAAAAAUGCGUCUGAUCCAGAACAUGACGACCAUAGCGGAGUACGCAGCACCUGAAUGCUCGGUCCCCAACCGGGUCAUUAAAAUAGCUGUGAUAGGAGGCAGCGGAGUUGGGAAAACAGCGCUCGUAGUGAGAUUCUUAACGAGACGCUUCAUCGGAGACUAUGAGAGAAACGCUGGUAACCUCUACUCCAGAGAAGUCCAAGUGGAUGGAGAACAAGUGACCAUCCAGGUUCAAGACACCCCUGGUGUUGAGAUGGCAGAUAAUGGAAUCAGUCUACCUGAUCAUGUGACCUGCUCCAUCCAGUGGGCUGAUGCAGUUGUGCUUGCAUACUCUGUGACAGACCGCCGCAGCUUCGACCUCAUCGAUCAGUUGCACCAGCUGGUUGUUCGUGUCGGCGGCGCCAAUAUGCCCCCGGUCAUCCUGCUGGCCAACAAGGCAGACCUGCUGCACCUGAGGCGUGUCGACUCCCAGCAGGGGCCUUUGCUGGCAGGAACGCUGGGCUGCUCUUUCUACGAAGUAUCUGCUAGUGAGGACUACAGCCAGGUGCACGGGGCUUUCCACAGGCUGUGCUGCCAGCUAGCCAAGCAGCCGCCGCCCGCACCCAACUCCUCGCACAACUCUGCCAGCGCUGCCACAGAGAAGAGGCGCUCGCCCCUCAUCCCCAGGCCCAAGUCUCCCAACAUGCAAGAUCUGAAGAGGCGUUUCAAGCAAGCGCUGUCAGCAAAAGUCAGGACUGUCACCUCGGUGUGAGGAGGGUGAAAAAAUGACAGUGGUCCAAGGUGGCCGCAGACAGAAUGAAAGCAUUGAAGGUGGAAGAGAAAUGAGGACAGAGAAGAUGCUUCUCAACUGAUGUCCUGUACCAGUAAGGCUGAAGAAGGCGGCUGUGAGAUGAACAGUGGUAGGUUCUGUAAAGCAGGAGGUAGAUGAAUCUUUACAGAGUUAAUGACCUCUAGGUGGACAGGUAUCUAUCCUUGUCAGACACCAUGUAUGAGGAGAAGCCGUGAGGAGGUUCAUCAACUGUUCAGGAGUAGAAAAGACACCAGAGAACACAGAGGCAGCCGUCUGAGGCCAACUGAAUCCCAGACAUCCUGCAUAUAAACUCUGAAACUGUUAAUCAAGCUCUCCUGGCAACAGCAGCUCUGAAGGACUCUUCUACUUAUUUUUAGCUGUGCUGCCUAUUGUGGCUGUUCUUUUUCCAGACUGCCACAACAUGGCACCACUAAAUGCUGGUAUUAUUAUACCAGACACUUGAGCCAGGGCUCUGUGCAGCAGCAUAUGUGUGUAUGUGUGUACUCAGUCUCUUGUAUGUCAAUAUUUGCAGUAUAUUUUUUACAUGAUCCAGAAAUAUUAUUGUGCAUGAUGGAGUGAUGAGUGGAGGGGGGAAGGGGGAGGGGGUGGUAGCGGGGCAGCAGACACCGUAUGUAGCAUGUGGCGGUUAUUAUCACUGAUGCACUUUAAACAGGAAUAGUCCAAAAGGGCCUAUUGUUAUUUAUUUGUUGGAAAAUCACAUUUUGUUCACAAUAAAAUGAUGAAUUGGA